CUGCCGCGUGAAAUGGUGUCACGACGCAAAAUAUUGUCCCGCUCGCGGGACGACCUCAACCUGGACCAGUCCUACAUCACACAGGAGGAGGAGGAGGACGUUUGGUACCAGAAGGAGAAACUCUACAAGGAACAUAUUCAGGAAGUGCUGGACAAAUGGACACAGAUCGAUGACGAGAUCUGGGCUAAAGUGAUCGUCUUCGAGCGGAACCGGCGAGUGGCGAAAGCGUACGCCCGCGCACCGGUCCUGACGAUCAACGGCUCGGAUGAUGGAUUUGACGGCAUGAGAAUUGGCCUUUGCGGGUUCGACAAUCCAAUGCGCGAUCACAAAACCGAUGAAGUCAAGCGGCAUGUUGGACAGGGCGUCAAGAUCAAGAUGGACGACGCGGGCAACAUUCUCAUCAGACGCUACUCAAAGAGCAACGUGUACGUCAAGAGCACGGCAAACCAGCCCAACGAGGAAACGGCCAUCGGAGCGGACAUCCUCAAGCUGCCCGGCCAUGCUAUAGAGAGUGAAAAGAUUGUAAAGCUGUUCGACAUGAAGAAGUUCCAGUCCAAUGUGAACCGCGAGCUGCGCCGUGCCUAUCCGGAUCGCAGACGGCUCGAGACGCAGUGCCUGUCGGCGAUCGCGUUCGUCAAGUCGGAGAACGACAUUCUCGAUUGCCCGAUGUGGGUGCUGAUCAUCAACGUGGUUGCAAUGGAUAUGCUGAAGAGCAAACUACCUCCCGUGCAACGUCCGGUCGACAUUAAGAACCGUCCGAGAAUUCCGAUCCCGGACGAAGAUCCGUACAGUGUCGCCGGUAACGGUGGCGGCAGCUCCGGUAGCUCCGGUUUCGGGGCCAGCGGGUCCGGCAUGGUUGCGGCAAGCCGCGAACACCUAAUGCAGCAGACGCAACCGAUGGGCGGCCAGCGGCGCAGCGAGAAACCGCCGAAACUACCUCCACGCGACAAUCUCUACGCAACGCACGAAAUUGGCAAGCCGGACUACGAUGACAUCGAGGAUGAGAAUCGCGUCAAGCUUCCACGAGGCAAAUCAGACAAGGGCAAAGAUAACAAGAAAUACGAUGAUCCGUACUACUGCGGGCUGCGUGCUCGAGUGCCAAACUUUGUGAAGUCGUCCAAGUCAUCGAAGGAGAACAACAACAACGGCCCAAAUGCGGCCGUCGGUGGCAGCAAGGAAACGGUCGCCUCGAAGCGGCUAUCGAUCGCGCAUCUGCAGCACCCAGCGUCGCUGCAGUCGUUGCACCAGCUGCAUCAGAUGCACCCACAUCACAACCUGAUGGCUGCCCACCAGCACCACCAGCAGCUGAUGUGGCACGCUCGAAGCUACGAGAGCGGUAUCGAUACGGACGUGGUCGAGUCACCCUAUAGUCACAUGUACGGUCGCGUACCGUUGCCCACACGCGGAUACAUACCGGCACCAAGGGCCAUGUACAUCGGCGAGUGGGACUAGAGGUGGUGCCCAACGCGAGCUGACCAAAACGGUCUCUCAAGCCUAAGCGCCCUUUAGAGUAACCCGCCGCAUGGCAUAUACGCAACAUCGAGCACUUUGUAACAGGAUAAACAUUCGCGUCAUGUCCGCCAGAUGCACGGACACGCGUAACACGGACGAGGCAGCAAAUGUGGAACAGGGUUUAUGGGGGCUACCGGGAAAGCGAGCAGAUCGUGGAACCGACUCCACCCGCUUUCCCCAAUCCAGUCCCAAAUUCUG